UCUUCUCUCUUAUCAUCUUCUCAAAUCAAACUUAGACAGACGUUUUUUUCCCCCCGGAAAAAUGGAAUCUCAAUUGCACCGCCAGCACGGGCAUCAUGGCUAUGAGGAAGAACCUGGACAUGUGGGGUUACGCUCUGUUGUAGCGGGAGAAGGUGAAGGCGAGCACCAUCCUGGAGAAAAGAAAUCGGUUCUGAAGAAGGUGAAAGAUAAGGCGAAGAAAAUAAAAGACACGAUUAAGAAGCACGGACAUGGUCACGAGCAUGGACAUGGACAAAGUUCUGAAGAGGAGGAAGAAGAUAAAGACGAAGAAAUGGUGGAUGAUCCUGAAGUCCAUGAUGCCCCAAUGUAUGAAUCAUCAGCCAUUAGGAUUACAGAUCUUGGACAAGGGAUCAGUCCAGGGCAAACUGGUGUCAAUUUGGAAAAACCGACUGAUACACGUGAGGAUCGGUUUGAUACAAAUGUAAGGGAUGAGGGAAUAACCAGGCCUUCUGCCUCUGGUGGAAUACGGGACAAUUUGGGGAUGACAACAGCCAUGGAGACGGAUGAGGCAAUGAAUAGUCCUUCUGCCCCGGGCGAAAUGCAGAACGAGGCAAUAAAUAGGUCUUCUGUACCGGACGACAUGGGGAGGGCAACUACCCGGACUUCCUUUGGUAAGGUUGAUGAUUCCCCUGUUAUGGGGAGGGAAGAAGCAAAUAUGAGGGUUAAAAUUGGACAGCCAGUAGGGUUGGAGGAGGAUCCUCAUUCUCCAAAGAACAUUCCUGAAGCAAUUCCACCUUCAAAUUAUCAGUCCAAAGUGGCUGAUCCAACAGGCACUGGGGGUAAGGAAGCAGAUGUUGGUCCACUUGUUCAUCAAUUCGACAAGAUGAAUGUUCAAGACCAAACCGGCCCGAAAUCAAAAUCAGAAUCAGAACAGAGAUUGUAUACAGGGAGCCAUAACCAGUUUGCUCCUCAGACAACACCAACCACAGACCAAUUUACUCCACAAUCCAAUACAAUUAGAACCGAAACAGGUUCAGAGAAUCCUGAAUCAACUCUGGAAAGGUUAGAUCCUAGCAAAAAGGAGGACUCACAGCCUGACACUUUGACUGGAAAAUUAUCAUAUGCAACCUCUGCAAUUGCUGAUAAGGCCAUUUCUGCCAAGAAUGUGGUAGUUUCAAAGCUUGGAUACGGUGGACAUGAGGAAGGCGGACAUGAAGAAAGCCGUGAUUCUCAGAAGCCCGUAUCAGAACCCACAAAGCCCGUAUCUGAAACAGCAUCAGAAUAUGCGCAUAGUGUAGCAGCGACCAUGACAGAGAAAUUGGCACCGGUUUAUCACAAAGUGGCGGAUGCUUCCAGCACAGUAAUAUCAAAAGUUCAGGGCAGUGGUAUUCAGGAUGAAGGCGGAGAGAGAGCAGCCCACCUAGGGAAUGAGGGUGCGGCCACUAAAGGAACUGAUAAGGGCCUUUCUGUCAAGGACUACUUGGCAGAGAAAUUUAGGCCUGGUGAUGAAGAUAAGGCAUUGUCAGAGGCUAUAUCGAGUGCACUCCAUAAGAAGAAGGGUGAAACUGGGAAGUCAGGGGAGGAGAAGCCAAUAGAGAAAGUGACUGAAUCGGAGCAACUGGCGAGGCGUUUAGGCACUGGUACUGAAAAUAAAAGAGAGGGCGAAGAUGCACUGAGUGCUGGGAAUGAAAGCAGAGGAACAGGCAUGGUGGAUAAGAUUAAAGAUGCUGUUGGUUCUUGGCUUGGCAAAAGUGAGGGAAUGAGAACUGCUAAGGAUUCACUUGGCCAAUCCCAUGUGAGUGAUACAAGUUCGGCUCCAACUCAAGGCAAUGAGCACCGCCAGGAAGUUUCAGGGCACCGGUAGUUGCAGGGAUCGAGCAACUGAUUCUGAAAGGCUUAUAUGCGUGUAAUUUGGAAGUUGAAGUUCUUCUUGGUUCUAUACUUUGUUCGUCUUGACUUUCUGUACAUAUAAAUGUUCUUUGUUUGCUUCAAUAAGAAGUGUAGUUAACCGUUAACGUUUUUGAAACGUUGGCAUGUAAUAUACAGGUUAGAUAAUAUGCGAACUCUUCACAGAUUCGUAUUGUUAUAUUCAAAUGUCUUGUUAUCUUUUAUCGUGAAGAGUUGAAAUAUAUUUCUUUUAAUUUUA